UCUCCCUUGAGUGUGUCCGUGUGUCAUUUCUUUCGUCCCUCGCCCGAAUUCCUUCGACCACCUUCUGCUCGUUCUCACUCAACCCCUGAGAUUGUCUCAAUCUCCCGCCGCCGCUGGGCUGGUCCGCGGCACAUCGCCCAGGCUCAGCUUCCCCUGCCCUGCCCGAGCGGACGCGCUGCAGUCACAGAACACAGGCCAUGAAGCUGGGGGCCGUCGCUGUAGCCCUGGGGCCUGCUGGCCAGCUGCUCCUGGGCCUGUGUGUCCACACUCUGGCCGCCCAGUCUGCUGACACCUGUCCAGAGGUGAAGGUGCUGGGCGUGGAGGGCACCAACAAGCUGGCCAUUCUGCGGGGCUGCCCUGGAGCUGCAGGGCCCAAGGGAGAGGCGGGAGCCACUGGAGCACAAGGAGAACGAGGUUCCCCUGGCGCCCCAGGGAUGGCAGGACCCCCUGGGCCUAAAGGGGGCCGAGGGGAGGAUGGUGCGCCUGGAGAGAGAGGAGCGCCUGGGUUUGCUCCGUCGUGCGCCACAGGUCCUCGCUCCUGCAAGGAGCUGCGUGCCAAGGGGCACUCUCUGAGCGGCUGGUACACCAUCUACCUGCCCGACUGCCGGCCCCUGGCCGUGCUGUGCGACAUGGACACGGACGGCGGGGGCUGGGCCGUCUUCCAGCGACGGCGCGACGGCUCCGUGGACUUCUACCGGGACUGGGCGGCCUACAAGGGGGGCUUCGGCUCGCAGCUGGGGGAGUUCUGGCUCGGCAACGACAACCUCCACGCCCUCACCGCCCAGGGAGCCAGCGAGCUGCGGGUGGACCUGGUGGACUUCAAGGGCAAACACCAGUUUGCCCGCUACGGGUCGUUCCGGGUGCUGAGCGAGGCUGAGCAGUACAAGCUGGUCCUGGGGGCCUUCCUGGGGGGCAGUGCAGGCGACUCCAUGGAGUGGCACAGGGACCGGCCCUUCUCCACCAAGGACCGCGACCACGACGACAUCGGUUCCAACUGCGCCGAGGUGUACAAGGGGGCCUGGUGGUACUCGGGCUGCCACACGGCCAACCUCAACGGCCGCUACCUGGGCGGCGCCCACAAGAGCUACGCCGACGGCAUCAACUGGAGCACCGGCCGAGGCUACAAGUACAGCUACAAGGUGUCGGAGAUGAAGCUGCGGCCCACCUAG